UUUGGCAUGAUGUAUUGACCUUCCUCUUUUCAAAUUUUCUUUAUAUAACUAUUCUGAAACGGCACAACGUUUGGAAAUUUGAAAAACAGAAGGGCGCUCUCACACUCCAGAUCCAAAACUGCCCGUUAUACCCACCCACCGCUCCUCUCCCUUUUCAUUUCACUCUCCGCUCCUCUUCUUUUCUCUCUGCAUUUUCUCUGAAUCGAUUCCAGAAAUGGAAAACUACGAGAAACUGGAGAAGGUAGGAGAAGGCACAUACGGCAAAGUCUACAAAGCCAAAGAGAAAUCCACCGGCCAAGUCGUCGCUCUCAAGAAAACCCGUCUCGAGAUGGACGAAGAAGGCGUCCCUCCGACCGCCCUCCGCGAAGUCUCCCUCCUCCAGAUGCUCUCCCAAUCCAUCUACAUCGUCCGCCUCCUCAAAGUCGAGCACGUCGACAAAACCCCCAAAAACAACAACCACCACCCCUCCGCCGCCGCCGACCACCCUCCUCCGCCGUCUAAACCCCUCCUCUACCUCGUCUUCGAGUACCUCGACACCGAUCUCAAGAAAUACAUCGAUACCUACCGCAAGGGGCCAAACCCUAGGCCGCUUCCGCCUACUUUGAUUCAGAGUUUUCUGUUUCAGCUCUGUAUGGGUGUUGCGCAUUGUCAUAGUCACGGUGUUCUCCACCGCGAUCUCAAGCCGCAGAAUCUUCUGCUUGAUCAGCAGAAGGGGAUUCUCAAGAUUGCUGAUCUUGGGCUUGGUCGCGCUUUUACUGUUCCUCUCAAGAGCUAUACUCAUGAGAUUGUUACUCUCUGGUAUAGGGCGCCGGAGGUUCUUCUCGGUUCGACGCAUUACUCCACCGGUGUUGAUAUGUGGUCUGUUGGUUGCAUUUUUGCUGAGAUGGCGAGAAGGCAAGCUCUGUUUCCGGGGGAUUCUGAAUUCCAGCAGCUCCUUAACAUUUUCAAGGUUUUGGGUACUCCAACGGAAGAGCAAUGGCCAGGAGUUACUUCGCUGCGUGAUUGGCAUGUGUACCCUCGGUGGGAGCCUCAGACAUUGGCAAGGGCUGUGCCCUCUUUAGGACCUGAGGGUGUGGACCUUCUCUCGAAAAUGCUCAAGUACAAUCCUGCUGAUAGAAUUUCUGCCAAAGCAGCACUUGAUCAUCCCUACUUUGAUACUCUUGACAAGUCUCAAUAUUGAUGAUGACUCUAGUCAGAAGGUUUUGUGCAGAGGCAACUGUUAAGCAAUAUCAUGUCAGUUAAUGAAAAUUAAUUCUUGGCGUGGCAUUGUGUUUAAGAAUCUGUCGAAAUGGUGUUAUGUAAUAUUUUGUCAUCAUCUUGGUGAUUGUAACAGUUUACUUUUGGGGCAUUACAUUGCCAUGGUCUCUAUUUUGAACCCUUGAACUUUAUGCUCCUCUAAAGUUGUAUUAUCUGUUGAACAUGGAUGGGCUUGUCCAUGAGUGUGCCAUUAACCAAGUCUAUGCUUAAUACUUUUAAAGGUUUUAUUUUUGGCAAAA